AUGAACGAAAUCCAAUUGGACAGCGGACUCUUCAAUUCAAGAUGUACUAAGAUUUCCAAACACAUUGCUGCGCCCCUCCUCCUCCUGUUGGGGAAGAGUUCGGAUGUACAGGAGUACAACAUGAACUCUGCACUCUUCCACUUUCUUCUUGGAUAUGAAUUCCCAGAAACAAUAAUCAUAGUACAGGAAAACCCAAUUAUUGUAACCUCUCCAAAAAAGGCAGUGAUCCUUCAGCAGAUAGAAGGACUGAAAAUAGUGAUAAAGAACAAGGAUGAUAGCAACAUCGAGAGCAUUCUGGACAUGUUCUCGGGGGUGUAUGCGGUUAUUGAUAAAGAUAAUAUAAAGGGUGAUCUUGCCGGGAAAAUUUUUUCAAGAGUGCGCACAAAGGAUGUAACCUCUGAUCUGCUCGAGAUACUCUCUGUUAAGGAGCAGGGUGAGAUUGAUUAUAUUUUCAAGUCAGGAAUUGCAGCUAAUUACCUAUUACAGAAGAGCAUCGAUUUGAUCAGGGAUGACGAGUUUUCUAGAGAUGCUCUUGAGGCAUACAUGGAUGACAGGAUCAGGGGUAUCGACAACUCUCUAAUUGAGUUUGCGUUUGAUCCUGAAUUUUCCUCCAAUCACCUACGAUUGGGCAUUAGAUAUCGUGGGUAUUGUACAGAAAUAGCAAGAAGGUUCAUGGAUGAUCUUUCCGAGCAGUAUGAGAUUCAAAAAUUUGUUCUUUCGCUUGUUAAGCCUGGUGUGUGUUCAUCAGAUGUUAUGUCCCAGGUCGAAAGCUUUUUAAAUUCUAAAGGAUAUACGUCCUACAGUGUGAGGCUUUAUACUGUUGGGUUAAUACAGUCUGAGCUGACUUUUGAAUCCAGCUUUAUAGUUAAAAACAAAAUGUGCUUCUGUUUAAAUAUUGACAAUUCUUUUUGCAAUACAUUUGUAGUCAACGAUCUUCCGAUAUUUGUUACGAAGAAGGACUUUGCGGAAGAUUAUUCGGUUACAAAGAUGAGAUUUCGCAACAAAAGUAAUGAUGCACAGCUCAUUGCCAGGAUCAAGGAACAUCAAAAAGAACUUCUGGAAAGUCUUGUGGAGGAAAAAGUUAAUUUCUAUAAGAUACACGGUGCUGAACAGAUCACUGAAAAAAAUGGUGUGAAAGAAAUAUCCACCUACCAGAAAGAUUCCUUAGUGCCUCGAUCUGACAAGAUCCAUCUCGACUGGGAUAAUUUCUUCGUUCUCGUACCUAUUCUAAGCUAUUCGGUGCCCUUUCAUAUCUCGACUAUCAAAAAUGUGUCUAUUGUAAAUCCAAAUGACGAGCCCCGACUGAGAAUUAAUUUUAAGGAAAGCAAAGAAAUAAAAGAGGCAUUUGACGUGAAUAAGGAAUGCGACACGAAGAUAAAGUUUAUUACUCUGAGAUGUGGCAAUGUCGAGGAUAUGAUUUCGCAGAUAAACGAAAUGAGGAAGGAGUUCAACAAACCCAAGAUUUCCCUGCCUACGCAGCCUGUGUUAAAGGAGAAGUUCAAGAAAUAUGCCUUGCCUGAGGUUUAUAUGAGGACAGACAAUAAGAGUGCCAACAAAAAGAUACUAGGAAACUUGGAACUUCACGAAAACGGAUUCAAGUACAAUGAUGUGAGUAUCCUAUUUUCGAAUAUCAAAAAUAUUUUUCUUCAGAUGGGCGAUAUUGAAAACCGCACAAUCCUCCACUUCAACUUGAAAGAACCCAUCUUGUUUGUAAAGCCGACAUCUAACGUGCAGUUUUUCAAGAAGUUUACGGUGGCAUGCCACGACACAUCAAAGAGAGAAGGUGAGGAUAUGGAGCUAAUGCGUGAGAAAGAGGAAGAAGAGGAAUUAAGCAGGAUCAACGCAGAGUUCGUUGCAUUUGUGGAGCGCAUUGAGCAGGAGACUAAUCUCAAGGUCCAAAUACCCGAAAGGGGGUUUUUGGGCGUUCAUUCUAGAGAAGCGGUGCCGUUUUAUCUUACGAAUGAAUGUAUAGUGAGUAUCCAUGAACUGCCCUUCUUUAUACUGAACCUCGAUGAGGUGGAGGUGGUCAGCUUUGAAAGAAUUACUUUCGUCACAAAGACCUUCGACUGUGUCUUUAUAUUCCACGACCGAUCUCAUCCACCGGUCAUGGUCGGAUCGAUUGAAACCACAAAGCUAGGCUAUCUCAAGGAGGUGUUAGAUUCCCACAACAUCUUAUUCAUGGAAAACAAGGUGAACAUCAACUGGAACAACCUUAUGCAUACAAUCAUGGAGGAUCCGUUAAGUUUUUAUGAGAGCGGCGCUUGGGCCGAGCUUUUAAGGGAAACAGAAGAGUCCGAGUCCGAGGAAUCUGGAAAGAGUUCAUCUUCGGCUUAUACUGAUGACGACGAAGAAAACGAUGACACCACUAGCUAUGAUGAAGAUGAGGAAGUACCUGCUUCUUCUGUAGAUUCAACAGAGGAGGAGGAUGAUUCCUACCUCGCAAGUGAUUCUGAAGACUAUGAUGAAUAUAGCGAUGAGGAGACUGAAAGCGAAAGUUCAGAUGAAAAACCCAAAAAGCGUAAAUCCAGAAAGUAA